UAUAAACAUAUGAAUAUAUGCGUUUAUCAUGGUUUCCGGAAACGAUUGUUCACAUAAUGACGAAACAGAAUCUUCAAAUAUAACAUCUUUGCAGACAGAUUCUAGUUGCAAAACUAGUACCAAUGUCAAACAAUCUUCACACGAGUCUGCCUUUCAAAAAGAUUCGUGUAACGAUUUUCAACAAUUUAAUUUUAAAGACUGUAAAUGUCGAGAGAUACAUUCAAUUAUACAUGGAAUAUCUUCGGAAGAAAUCGAUCCUGUAGAGGAAUCAUACAAUAAAGAUCUACCGAAAGAUAAAAAUUCGAUAGAGCAGACGCUAUGUCAAUGUCACGCUCGUAAGAUGUAAUACAAAUACUUCCAUUCUAUGUAACAAUUAUUAAUUGACUAUUUUUUUUAUUUUCUAGCAGAGCUUAUACUUUACCUGUGAAGUGCAAGGAUGGUAAAAACUUCAGUAUUUUAAAUUAUUUACAUUAUCACUAAAUUAUUAUUAUUAUUAUUAUUCUUUUUUUUCCUUGGUUUUUGUUUCAUAUUUAAAAAUUUUUAUAAAUUCUUUAAUUUGCGUUCGAUAGAUUACCGAUUUUCUUUUUAUAAUUUUUUUAACUUAUUAUAAUUUCAUUUAAAAAUAUUUCAGAUGUACGAAGACCAUUUUGGUGCCCUUUUAAGUGGAAGUGGCCAAAAA